UCGACGUCUUGAGAUUCGAGCACUUAUCACACUCUUGUGCUGAGGGGCACUUCACUCGUUUACAGCAAGGCACAUACCAGGGGGAAAAAAAAUCGUUCCUUUCUCUCCGGUGCAAUGGGCUGGUAGGAACGGAGACAGGGCAGAGAGUCGGUUGCCCAAGACACGCCGAGGUCGCCGCUGGAGCGGCAACGUUCCUCGUGAGAAUGUACGUGGUCACCGCAGAUAAGAAGUGUCGAGACUCGCGCUGUGCUGUGGCGGUUAACGUAGCUGCUCAGUCCGUCUGCUUCUGUAGUACGGACGGGAACGUCUCGUCGUCCUAAGUUCGGGCUGCAAACGGACACACUGUCGUCGCCCCGUCAGCGGGAGGAAUGGGUGUGCCCUGAGGGACCACGGCAGGCGUCAAACUAACGAAACAACUUCACGGAGUACUGACCAUGGCGACAACGAGGAUCCCGCCGAAGGCGGAGCGCGGGAAACUCUUCUACUUCUUCGUGUGGACGUGUCUGGUGCUGGCGCUGCUGUGCGUGUGCCUCGUGCUGGCGGUAGUUCUGUUGGGGAGCAGCCUCAGUGCGUGUCGCGAGACCACAUCUGACGCUUCGUCGUCUACGACGGUCCCGGCAGUGCGUAAUACCAGCAUGAAGUCCGUCCAGAAAUCAGCGCCCAAGCCGUGGGAGACCGAUUACCACUUGCCGUCAGCCACGGACCCCAUUCAUUACGACAUAUUUCUGCAUCCGGACCUCAGUAAUUUGACCUUCAGCGGCAAAGUUACAAUUACGAUUCGUGUGAAGAACCCGAGGUCUUUUCUGUUGGUGAACGCCAAGUAUUUGGACAUCUACGAGACUCGCCUCACCGGGCCGGUUGCUCCCGACAACGAAGGCGAGGAAAGGGCCAAGGCCGGCGAAGUGCGGGAGAUUGACAUCGGCGAAGCCUUCGAGUACAAACCCAACGAGUUCUGGGUGGUAGUGAUAAAAAACAACACGGAACUUCAACCCGGAAUCUACAGUCUUCACCUGCAAUUCAGAGGCAGCCUAAGUGGGAAAAUUGUCGGCUUCUACAGCAGUACGUACACUGAUUCCAAGACACAGGAGAAAAGGUUAGUGCAACAUUUUAAAUUUUUUUUGGCGCACGUGAUAGAGGGGCAUGUAGCCCACUUUCUUUCCAGCGUUUUCCCUCCCCACGUCACCUUUCACAUAUUGUUCCUGUAUAAACAUGUGGGGUGACCUUUUAUUCUUAAGAAAA